GGUCGAGCGCGAGGUCGAUGACUCCGCGGAUGCUCCCGGCGAAAGAGAAAGGCUCUCCCGCUCGCGUGCCGGCGGUACGUGGUGGCGACACCGCGGGUAUGGCGAGCAGCGCCUCAGCUGCUUCUGGCCGAUGCUGGUCGUAGCCCACAUCCGCCUGGGGACGAGAACGAGCAGGCAGGCGGGCGUGACAAAAAUAAAAUUGCAAUUGCGGUCGCUUGUGGCCGAGCUCGGUCGUCUCGCCUCGUCUCGAUUUCGCGCAUGCUAUUUCUAUCCUCGCACGCUCGACAAACUUUGCGGCCCGUGCAACGACAAUCGGGCAAAACCGAGUGAAAACCCGUGAAUUUAAUUUACUGCGGAGACUUCGUCAGAAGAUAGAGCUAGAGCAGCAGAAGCAGCAGCAGGGGGAAGGUCAGUGGCAGGAGCAGAACGAGCGCAAUUUUUUUCCAGCUCGAAGGGACCGUUCGGGUCAGGGCUAGUGACAGAAGAAGCAGCAGCUGCAGAAGGAGCAGCCACGGAGGACAUGGCGUCGUCGAGAUCGUUGAGAAUCCAUUGGGAGCGAUGGUUCAUAUUCGUGAUGCUGUGCUUCUUCGUAGGAAUGCUCUACUGGGUGUCUCCCGUCAGAGAACUGCGUCAGUUGAGAUGGAGAGUUGUUGGGUUGCAUUACGACCAAUCUAUGGUUCCGUAUAACGAUUUUCCGCUCCUUCGUCCGUCGGACAAGAAGAGAGUGGCAAUCUGUUUGGUCGGGGGCGCGAGGGCGUUCGAGUUGACCGGCCCGAGUAUCAAGCAGUACCUGUUGGACCCUUACGAGGAUGCGGACGUGUUCGUGCAUUCACCAGUCGACAAGGACGUGCAUAAAUUGACCUUGCUCGAUGGCUUUCCUCAUCUCGCAGCUAUACGGCUUUUCCACCCGAAGAGGAUCAACGAGACCAAGAUUGCCAGGGAGGUUCUGACUGCUCGAGGAUCCCCCAAUGGAAUUCAGGGUCUCCUUCAGUACUUCCAGUUGGUGGAAGGUUGUCUCGACAUGAUUCAGGCAUACGAGCGUCUUCACGGAUUCAUGUACGCCUGGGUCAUCAGGACGAGGGUGGAUGGUUACUGGAACGCGGCCAUGCCUCAGGUGGAAUCCCUCGACAAGUCCUACUACUACGUGCCUCACGGAUCCGGAUACGGUGGCCUGAAUGACAGAUUGGGCGUGGGCACUCGCGAAUUGAGUGCAAUUGCGUUAUCGAGGAUGUCCCUGCUCCCGAAAAUUCACGCUCUUGGCUACAGAGGGCUGUACUCGGAAACGGCCUUUCAGGCCCAGUUCACGUCCAGCAAUGUGGAGGUGAAAUUCAGCACGUUCCCGUUCUGUGUCCUGAGCACUCGCAAGUACCCCUGGCCUCCGAAGGUUUACGGCGUGCCCGUCCUGUCCAUAGGGAGCAAAGGGCCUCUAAAUGGCGCCAAGUGCAGACCCUGCACGCCUUUGGCCGUCGGUCGACAUGCCAGGGCCAUUGUCAACGCCAGUAACAGAUCUGUGGCUUGGGUCGGUCCCACGGAGGACCCCCAACUCUGCGACGCCAGAGACGAUUGGGAAGGUCGGUGGGAAGGGAUAUUCGAUGAUAUUUCAGGGCCCGACGCAGCUGACGCUCGGAAAAAAAUCAGUUCCAGGACCUUCGACCAGUGUGUACAGGAUGUAGAAGAUUUUCAGCAGCAGUGGGAGGUGUGGGAUGCCCCGUCGGCCGAAAUUCUCUGUAGAGACAUCGGCAAAGAGUCGAAAAGUUAAAUGAGUAGGAGGAGGAAGAGGAGCAAUAUGUGGACACGCAUCCUGGCAAUUUUGUCCCUCUGAGUCGAAGUGUCCGACGCCUUUCUCUGUCGGACUGAGACUACAACUUCUAUGAGGGCGCGAUGCUUAAUACUCAAUUUCCGAGGUGCGGAUUUGCGGUGGAAGGUGUGGGGCAACCGCCAGAUGUAAAUUUAAGUGAACUGGAUUGGUUGUGCUCGCCAGCACCUGCUCGUAACCAUGAUUCUGAAGGUGUCGUGAAGAGCAGGUAUCGACCAACACGCCACGCAACGAACUGAAACUGAACGAUAAAUGAGCACAUUUCGAGAGAACGAGGCUCGCAGCGUUUUUCAAUAACCCAAAGAUUGCUGCCUGUGUCCAAAUCAACUUUUUCCUAGAUCAUUUCUCGGCCUGACAAUUCACCGCUACAUAGCUCCAUGGGAGGAUCAAGCGGGCCUAAACUAGUAGCUUUAGCUGUUACAUAUCUGUGCAUAAUGAGAGAUGAGAUAUAAUGAGAGAAAAGGCGAGAAUUGAUCAGUGCAUAUACAUAUGGGUGCGUCCUACGUGCUCUACUCAUCCCGGGCAUGUGAAAGUAUGGUCGAAAUUUCAUCACCUGGAUGCCCACUUUGGAGCAAGACGAGGAUAUAGUUAGCAACGAGAAACCGAAAUUGGACCCAAAAGAGGCAAGUAUAGCCACCGAGCCAGACCAGACCUGACUUGGAGACGAUGAUCUCCGUCUACUUCUCCAAAAAUGAUACCUGAGCAUUGUCCUAGGUUGUCGGUGACGAUGUAUUCCCACCAUUACAGUUGAGACAGGAAGGUGUGAAUGCCCACUGCAUGAAACAGGGGUGGAAAUCGAGAGACUCAGGAGUGUUACAUCACUAAACACCUGGUUUUCAAUUACAGAUUCGGCAUAGAUAGCUGAGUCCAGGCGCGAAUAUGGUAUCAACACAUGAGGGCAGAUUAUAUCACAUAGAUUGAAGUGGAGGAAUUGUGUCAAGGAGUCUUCUACAUACACGUGAAUAAAAUCUAGGACAAGAAGCUAACACAGCUGUUACAUAU